CCCCACGUUGUGUGUGCAAGAACCCUAAGAUGUCUCCUGCAGAAUCAUUGUCCUGUGGUGAAAGAAAAGUUCUGCCCAACAUUCUGGGGAUUUGGGGGACGGCUCCAGACCAUUCUCAGGGUCCUGCUGGUAUCCAAGCCCUCUGUGUUCUUCAGGAAGGAGAUUAUCCUCACUUCAGAUGGAGGACAGAUCUCUUUGGAUUGGGCAGACAAUGAUAAAAGUUUUUUAUUCCCUGAUGCUGAAACUCGUCCCACAGUUCUUCUGCUGCCUGGUCUGACCGGAAACAGCCAGCAGAGUUACAUACUGCAUUUAGUAACACAGGCCUGCAAAGAUGGCUACCGGAUGACUCUGUUGAAUUACUUGGCAUCCAGCGGCUAUUCCUCAAAUGUCCGUGCAGCUGUUGUCUUCUCCACCCCAUGGAAUGUGUUUCAGUCCACUCUUUCCCUCGAAGAACCAUUAAAUUACUUCCUGUUUAACCGUAACCUGGUCAGGGGACUGAGGAGCACUGUGAAGAGAUACCGGCAAGUCAUUGGGAAGUUUGUAGACGUUGAUUAUGUCCUCCAGGCUCGCUCCAUAAGAGAUUUUGAUGAACGUUACACAUCAGUGGUCUUUGGGUUUGCAUCAUGUGAUGAGUAUUAUCGACAGGCCUGUCCUGACUACAAGCUUGUUGAUAUCCGGACCCCUGUGCUUUGCCUGAAUGCUGCCGAUGACCCGUUCUCUCCGAUGCAUGCUAUUCCUGUCAUACAGGUAUCCCAUAAUCCAUAUGUGGCACUGCUGAUUACAAACCAUGGGGGCCACAUAGGUUUCUUAGAGGGUGCAUUUCCCCGUCAUCAACGGUACAUGGAUUGUGUGUUCAGCCAGUUUGCAGGGGCCAUUCUACAACAUGGUGAUGAGCUAAGAUGUUUGGAGCAAAAUAGUCCUCACCAUAUGAAAGAAGCCAAAUAACGUCUCUUUCAAAGAGUCAGUUUCAGUCUGAGAUGAUCCACAUACUCGUUGGGGCCUUCAGCUUUGGGAAAAAAAGGAGAGCAAUAGAACAAAGUGGACAAUUCUAAGCAAUACCAUUAUUAAAGUGGUACAAUUUUUAUGUUAUUAA